AUGGCCAAGGUUUGCUGUCCGAUAAAUCCAAUUCCUAACUUUAAUACUUUGGUACCACUAUCAACACGACUAUCGCCUCCAAUAGAAACGCAAAGCGUUCCAUCAAACGUUCAACUACCAAAAAAACCGGUUGAUUUACCUCAACCUCCUGUUUGUGGAUCUUCUUCAAGUCUCCAGUAUCGUAUAUACGUACUUGGUGGAAAUGAGACUGCGAUAAAUGAAUAUCCCUGGAUGGCAUUGAUCGAAUACACAACACGCGUCCGACUUGGCGAAUGGAAUACAAAAUCUGACCCAGAUUGUGAAGAUGACCAAUGCGCCGAUCCAGUUCAAGAUAUUAGUGUGGUAGAAUGGAUUCAACAUGCUGACUAUAAUCCAUAUUCGAAAUCACAUGAAAAUGAUAUUGCUCUACUACGUUUGGCACAUCCACUCAAUUAUACAGAUUGGAUUAAACCGAUCUGUGUGCCAACAUCGAGCAAAAACUAUGAUGGGGUUGAAUUGGUUGUGGCUGGGUGGAGCAUUGCAGAGGCGGAGACUAGAAGCAAUGUCACGAUGAAGGUUGGUCAUAUGAACAAGAGAAUAUUUUUUUAUCAACAACACAUCUAUGUGCUGGCGGCGAGGAAGGAGAGGCCGUGUCGAGGUAUAUACUAG